AUGGCUCGACUAUCAGAAACACCAACUAAUCAAGCAAAUCCAGCUCAUCCACCAGCUGAUCCCGCUCGAACAGCACAGGAGAGACAACGGGACGAGUUAAGACGACAAAGAGAAGCAAUUCGACGUCAAUAUCAAGAGAGGCGGAGGCAACAACAACAACAACAACAACAACAGCAGCAGCAGCAGCAGCAGCAGCAACCACUAGGUACCGGUAGGAAUGUCUCGCCUCAACAAGUGCAGCGACGAGGUGGUAUAGAAGAAUCUCUAAUACCUUCGGGCCGGCCAUCUCCUGCUGAGAGAUCAGGACAGUCUCCGAGAUUUGUGUCCUCAGCCACUGCAAUAAGAAGAGUUGACGAAGUUAAUUUGCGAGCUGGUCUUGUAGCUGAAUCCACCUCUGCAACAGAGGUAAGAAGACAGGCUACAUCUAGAUCUCCACCACAACCGCCGCAACCCUUUACAUCAACAACUAGACCAUCGCAACCCGCGACAAGCUCAAGAGCAACUGGACCUUCUCCUCCUCCUCCUCCUCCUCCUACUACUACUACUACUGCUGCUGCUGGUAGUGGUGGGACAACAGGUCGCAAGACUCUUCCGGGUGUUAGCUCCAUUACCACAGCUAGAGCAGAAUCAAGAAGCCGACCAGAGGAAAGACCAUCUGCUUUAUCAUCAUUAAGCCGGCACGCACAACCAACAACGACUUCAACCUCCAGUCUUCGCCAACAACAAGCGCAAGCACGUAAACGAACUGCACCAAGAGUCAAAAAAAGGUAUAGACCUGGGACACUAGCUCUUCGGGAAAUACGACAAUACCAAAAAUCGACCGAUCUAUUACUUCGGAAAUUACCCUUUGCAAGAUUAGUUAAAGAGAUUUCCUUGGAAUAUGUGGGACCGAGUUAUGGAUUGAGAUGGCAGCUGAAUGCCAUAUUAGCCUUACAAGAGGCUGCCGAAGGGUAUUUAAUACAUCUAUUGGAAGACACUAAUCUUUGUGCUAUUCAUGCUAAACGAGUUACAAUUAUGCAGAAAGAUAUACAGCUAGCCAGGAGAUUGAGAGGACAGAAUUGGCUAUAA